AUGCUGGUUGGUACUAUAAGUUACCAAUACAACAGUAACAUAUCUUCAGGAAAACAUAUUGUAACCCUAGAAGAUUUGUCUAUUAUUACAUCAAAUCGUGAUUUCUCAAAUAUACAAAUACCGACUGCUUUCUGGUUAUCUCAGACAAGUAUACCCAGAUACUCUCAAAGAACAAAUCAUCAACCACACGGCGCCACUCCACAACCCUCGAAAAAUAUCAAAAAAGCUUUACUAUCGAAUAUGAAUGCUACUUCGACUCAACAAAAUCUUUCAGAAGCUCUUAAUAAAAAUCCUAUUCCGACCAUAACAAAUGAAUAA